AUGACUCUCCUGGCAGACUUCCUGCCAUCAGUCACAUGGUGGCAUGUUGCCGUGGCAGUUACGGUCUACUACCGCCUCACUUUGCAUCCGCUUGCCAAAUUUCCUGGUCCCAAACUGGCUGCCAUCACCAGGUUGUACGAGGGCUACUACGACGUUAUCCAAGAAGGACAAUACACCUUUAAGAUUGGGGAACUUCACAAGCAAUACGGACCCAUCAUCCGCAUCAGCCCCUACGAGCUUCACAUUAACGACCCCUCCUACUUCGAGAAGCUAUACCGGCAAGACGGCCGAUGGGACAAGUACGACUGGGCCUACAUCGCCCACGGCCGCGGCCUCGACACCGCCAUCUCCGCGCCCGACCACUACCUUCACAAGACCGUCCGCCAGCCUCUCUCACCCUUCUUCUCCAAGGCCAACGUGGGCCGCAAGUUAGGCAUUGUGCGCAAGCAUCUAGACAAGCUCGAGGGCAUCAUUUCUCGAAAAGCGGCGUCCAAGGAGGUCUUUGACCUGGGAGCCGCCAUUAGCGCGUGGGCGCGUGACGUUUCGAAUGAGUUUAUUCUGGGCAAGAGCUACGAUAAUUUGGACAAGGACGACUUUGAUAAGGAUUUCACUACCAUGGUGACGGAUGAGGGGCGGCAGUGGAGGUGGAACAAGCAUUUGCCGAUUUUGAGGGUGGCGUUUAUUUUGCCGUGGGAUUUCAUGAUUAUGGUGGGAGAUAAGGGGAUGAAGAAUGUUUUCGUCACCUCAAGGUACAUCAUCGACGCCCACCUAUCCAACACCUCCUCUUCAGAAGAAAAACCCACCCACACCCACACCAUAAUCAACGACAUCCUCGACUCCCCCUCCCUCCCCUCCCACAUCAAAUCCACUUCCCGCAUCCACCAAGACCUCUUCGUCAUCACCGCCGCCGGCUUCGAGACCACCGCCUCCACCCUCCGCCUAAUCCUCUACCACCUCUUCAGCCCGCCCCAUACAAUCCUCUCCCGUUUACGCUCCGAACUUUCCCAGUUCAACAUCAACCUCUCCGACCUAGACCCAACCUCCUACUCACACAGGUACCGAGAACUAGAACAACUCCCCUACUUGACGGCUAUCCUAAUGGAGGGACUGAGAUUAAGUCCAGCGCUAGCGAGUCGGAUGCAGAGGGUUGCUCCCGAUAGGGAACUUGUGUAUCCAUGUCCCCAACAUGAACCAAACGACGGAAAAAAUAGAAAGGAAUGGGUCAUUCCUAGGGGCACGCCGGUGGGCAUGACGCAGAUUUUGAUGCAUUGGGAUGAGAGCGUGUAUGGAGAGGAUGCGAGGGAGUUUAAGCCGGAGAGGUGGAUGGAUGAGGAGUUUAGGAGGAGGGUGGCGGGUGGGGAGAGGAUGUGGGCGCCUUUUAGCAGGGGGGCGAGGAAUUGUUUGGGGAUGCAUCUCGCUUGGGCAGAGUUGUACCUCUGCAUCGCGACUCUCGCACAGCACUUUGAUCUCGAGUUCCCGGGUCAUAGUGCCGAGGACUUUGAGGCUGCUAUUGAUUCGUUUGUCAUCCUGACGAAGAGCAGGGGUGAGCUGAGGACUGUUGCCAAGGUUCGUGGUUGAAUACCUAGGUAUGUUUGAAAAAUGAUGAGCAAAAUGGUUUCUUAAACCUGGUGGAGUGGACUGGAUGGAAAAGAGGUCAAGAAGAAGCACCAAUAUGUCUUUGGCUAGGUACCUAGUCUGUUCAUAUACUCGCUACCACCGUUUUCCUCCUCCCCUCAUGGCCCCAUGGAGAUGUAUCUGGUCAGCUCAACCUUAGCAUUUGAAUCACGUCUUGAAGCAUUGUUGUAGUAUCAACCACAAGG